UGAUGUACAAUUUGGAAAAAGGUACUUUUAAAGAUAUCACAGUUCAAGGGAUUCCAAGUGAUUUUUCUGUUGGAAUGAGCUUCAUCGAGACCCUUGUCUCGCCUCAUUGCAAUAACGAAGCUAUGUGACAAGUAUGCAUGGGUUGGAGGGAGCUAAAUGGAGAUCCUUGUCUCAUCUCAUUGCAAAGAAUGUUAGGUUUCGGCUACUAGGGAGUGCAUUGUUGUCACAUUGUCCUAUCUCAAAUUCUUAUCAAGGAACCGCCAUGUCGGUUGCUCAAACAUUGUUUGCAGCGCUGCAGCGUUCUGAGCUCAACGAGAUUCGCUCUAUCGCUGGUUACAAAUCCAAACUAGAUGAACUCCGUGGCACCGUCUCUCGAAUCAAAGCUGUGCUCAAGGAUGCUGAGGCCAAGCAAGGGCUAUCCGAGCAAGAACAAUUGUAUGUUGAGGAACUCAAAGAUGCUGUUUACGAAGCCGAUGAUCUUUUUGAUGAGUUUGUCACUCUUGCAGAACGGAAGAAGCUUACUAAAGGUAUCAAGGUUCGUGUCCUUUCACUAUUUAGUAAGUUUGGGACAGCAUACAAUAUGGCUCAAGGUGUUAAGAAAAUCAAGAAAAAGUUGGAUGCUAUUGCUUUUGAUAGUCGGUUCAACUUAAACAUUGAUCCUAAGCCUAUCAGGAAUAGAAGACUUGAAACAUGUUCUUAUGUGUAUGAAGCUGAUAUCAUUGGAAGAGAGCUUGAUUUGGAGAAGAUUGUUGGUAUAUUGCUAGAUUCUACUGUUCAACAAUAUGUUUCUUUCCUUCCUAUUGUUGGGAUUGGUGGUUUGGGGAAAACCGCUCUUUCUCAACUUGUGUAUAAUGAUGUAAGGGUCAAAACUGCAUUUCCUUUGAGGUUGUGGACUUGUGUAGCUGAUGAAAAUCAAGAAGUGCUGGAUGUAAAAGGGGUUCUUCGCAAGAUUCUAGCUUCUGCUUCGGGUCAGGAUGACUAUGAGGGUUGUACUCUAGAUGGGUUGCAAAGCCAACUUCGAGAACUGCUUGAUGAAAAGCAAUUCUUGCUUGUUCUGGAUGAUGUGUGGACUGAAAUUUACGAACAAUGGCAUACGUUGACCCAAUUUUUGAUGGGAGGUCAAAGAGGAAGUUGGAUUUUGGUCACUACGCGUUCAGGGGAGACUGCAAGAAUGAUAGGGAACGGUCCGAUUCACGAGCUUCAAGGGUUGUCAAAGGAAAAUUCAUGGUGUUUAUUCAAAAGAGUAGCGUUUAGAUUACAUCACUUGAAUCCUCCUGAGGACUUGGUCAAAAUUGGUCAGGAUAUUGUUGAGAGGUGUGCUAAUGUCCCUCUUGCCAUUAAGGUGGUGGGAAGUCUUCUUUAUGACCAAGACAAACAAAAGUGGGUUUCAGUUCAGAAGUUGGGUUUAGCACAAGUUCAAAGAGGCAAUAAUAGCAUCAUGCCUAUAUUAAAGCUUAGUUAUUAUCAACUUGAAUCCCCAUUAAAAAGUUGUUUUGGCUAUUGUGCAAUAUUCCCUAAAGAUUAUGUGAUGAGGAAGAAGACAUUGAUUAGCCUGUGGAUGGCACAAGGCUACAUCCCAUUAGAUGAUCCUCAAAGCCCGGAAGAUGUCGCUGAGGAAUAUUUUUCGAUCUUGUUACGGAGGUGUUUCUUUCAAGACGUGCAGAAGGAUGAUGAUGAUGAUGACAAUGGAGGUGGUGGUGAUAUUGAAUCGUGUAAAAUACAUGAUCUGAUGCAUGAUGUUGCUCAAGAAGUCGUAGGAAAUGAGAUAUGCACGGGCAAUACCAUAAAUGGAGUUGUGGAUAAAAAAGUUCGCCAUCUCUCUGUUACAAAAGGUCAAUCUCAAUCUGCAUAUUUUUCUUCUUGUAACACCCACAUACGUUCGUAUCUUUAUGUUGGGGAUUUCUAUCAAGGCCAGAAGAUGGACCAGCUUUCCGUGGAUGCAUUACUAGGUAAUUGGAAGUAUCUAAGGGCAUUGAACAUGAGUUGGUUACCCAUCAAGAGUUUGCCGGACUCAAUUGGUGAACUGCUCCAUUUAAGGUAUCUAGACCUCUCGUAUAAUGGUAAUCUACAAGUACUCCCUAAACCAAUUACAAAUCUAUAUAAUCUUCAGACUUUGAAUUUAGUUGGGUGUGGAGGUUUGAAAGAGUUGCCAAAAGAUUUGAGCAAGAUGGUUAAGCUUAGGGCCUUAGAUUUAAAAGGUUGUGAUCAGCUAAUAUGUAUGCCGAGAUGCAUGGGUAAGUUGACUAGCCUUCACACACUUACUUUGUUUGUGGUGGGAAGUACAAGUUCAAGUAGGAAGGAGCUGUUUUCUGGGCUAGAAGACUUGAAAGCACUUAGGAACUUGAAAGGUUAUCUUAAAAUCAAGAUACCCUUAAUGAAGACGGGUGCAAAGGUGGGUAUGAAAAAGGAUGGACGAGAGGGAGGAUGCUUGGAGAACAAGGAAAAUCUGAAAGAUGUGGAGUUUCUUUUCUGUGGGGAUGAGGGUGAGGGAAGAGCGGAGUAUAAUGAAGUAGUGAUGGAAGAGUUGCAGCUACAUUCUAAUCUCGAGAGGUUAACGAUGCGUGGAUAUCAUGGCGUGAGAAUACCACCAUGGCCAAUGGGUGACAACUUGUCAACCUUUCUUCCUAAUCUCGUUCAAAUGAUGUUUACCAGUUGUCCGAAAUUGCAGUAUUUGGGACACCUACGGUUUCCUCAGUUGAAAAGAUUAGAGGUGAGCAGUUGCCCAAACCUAAUAGCCAUUCUUCAUUGUCCUGUAUUGGAAGACUUAACUUUAUAUGAUUUCAAUAAAAGAUUGGAAAUCAUACCUUCUAGUGGUAUUCCCUCAACUUGUUCUUCUUCUUCUUCUUCUUCUUCUUCUUCUUCUUCUUCUUCUUCUUCUUCUUCUUCUUCUUCUUCUUCUUCUUCUUCUUCUUCUAAUUCUUCUUCUUCUUCUUCUUCUUCUUCUUCUUCUUCUUCUUCUUCUUCUUCUUCUUCUUCUUCUUCUUCUUCUUCUUCUUCUUCUUCUUCUUCUUCUUUUGAUGUUGGUCCUAAACUAAGGGAUGUUAAAAUAGACAACGUUGCUUGGCUUAAUUCGUUGCCCAAGGAUCCUUUUCAGGGUGGUGCGAAGCUCCUCAUAUGGGGGGACAUGAAAACGGAGAGUUUGGGAGAAGCUAGUGAGGUGUUCCGUAGCUGCUCAUCUUCUCUGAAAUCCUUGAUAAUUAUGGAGUCCAAUUUGAGGAGUAUUGUAUCCGGAGGAUUAGAGCAUCUCACCGCGUUAGAGGAGUUAGAAAUUUCAAAUUUGUAAUUGCGCUGAU